AUGUCGUCCUCGUCGUUCUGCUCCUGCCGGUUCACCGCUGUGAUCUUUCUGGUAAUCUCCGCUGUUCCAGUAGCUUACAUCGUUUCUUUAGAGCGAGCUGUUCCUUCGACGCAUGUCUUCUCUUACCAUAGCUCCGGUUUCUUACGCGAGUGCGCCAAAUGGGACGAUGUAGGUCGGAGAUUUCUUGUCUCCUACAUGGACGGAGGCGGAAUCGGUGAGGUUGUUCCUAGAGAUUCCGACGACGGUGAUGAUAAUAGUGAGGACGUUAUGGAGGAAGUCACUUUGGUCAAAGACGUUAACCUCGGUGGAAACGCUUCCGCUGGAAUAGUUAUCGACCGCGACAGAAACCGUCUCCUUGUUGCUGUCGGUGAUUUGGUUGGAAACCAUUAUAGUGCUUUGGCGGCUUAUGAUUUGUCGACGUGGCGUCGUAUCUUCCUCACAGAGCUUAGUGUUCGCCAUAGUAAGGAGAUUACAUUUGCAGACGAUGUAACUUUUGAUACAGAAGGCAACGCUUAUGUUACGGAUGCAAGAGGAAAUAAAAUAUGGAAAGUUGAUGUCAAUGGAAAGCUUGUGUACACCCUUAAAAGCCCUCUCUUCACUCCACCUGGCUGGUUUGAUAACAUAGUCUCUCUUAACGGCAUUGUAUAUCACCCUGACGGCUUCCUCAUCGUCAUCCACACUAUCUCCGGUUUACUAUACAAAAUCGACCUGGCCGAUGGAGACAUUGGUAACGAUAAAGUCAGUGUAAUUAAAGUUACUAAUGGCACAUUGAGGUUUGGAGAUGGACUAGAGAUUUUGUCCCCGACCAAAAUUGUUGUCGCAGGUAAUCCUUAUACGAAAUUGGUCGAGAGCUCCGACGGUUGGAGGACGGCGUCUGUGACGGGUUGGUUCGGCAGCGGUAUGUAUCAUCGGUUAAUCUCGGCGGCUACUAUCAAGGAAGGAAGAGUUUAUCUAACCCACGUUGUUGGGUUUGGGUCUAAGAAGAGACACAUACUUGUAGAAGCUGUGUUUUAA